GGCCUAUACACACACGCGAUGGCUGAGACUGGUGCCCCCACCUAAUCUCGUGCACGCACGCACGCACGCACGCACGCACGCACUCGCGCACUCACGACUCUUUCAAUCGAGCCGUUCUGAAUCGCAUCGCAUCGCAUCGCAUCGCAUCGCAUCCCAUACCCACGGCCAACCGAAUACCAUCACAUCACACACAAACACUCGCCUUACCCCGUACCCCGUAUCCGCACCCGGUUAUUUGUUUACCGGCAAAGCCAUGUCGCAGGCAAGCGAGAGCCGAGCCAAGUGUCGUUGCUGCCGCGAGACGGUGGUGGUGCCUGUGCGUGCGCAACCUUCGCCCGCCGCUUCGGUGCUGCUGCUGGACGCGUACAAGCAGGCCUUGAGCGAGCGGAUGCGCGUCCAAGCGACAGCAGCAGCAGCAGCAGCAGCAGCAGCGGGGGCGGGAGCGCAAGAUGCUGCUGCUGUUCUGACCCCUCCACCACCCUCAACCUCAUCUCGCAUCUCACCCGCUGCUCAACAGCUCGAGCAUUCGUUCGCACACUCGCGCGCAAGCCAAGGAGAAGGAGAAGACUUUCCAAGAGAGUGGCGCAACUUGAAUUGUCAAGAAGCGUACGAGGAUUGGUUGGGCGCUCGAAGGGAGAGAGCAGCGGAAGAUUGGACGAGGUACAAGGAGGAAGAGUUGGGUGGACAUUUGCUUUUGAAUUGCAGCAGCAGCAGCAGCGCGGCAUUGGGAGCAGGUCGAUCUGCUGGUUGGGAGGAGCACGUAGAAAGAGAGAGGAGAAGAGGGUAUUGGAGAGCGAAAGAUAUUCUACGUGGGAUUGCCUUUACAAGAAGAAUAGAAGCGGAGGGGGAUCGUAUGCGCUUGCGCUUGCAAUCGAAGGGAACGUAGCUUCAGCCCGUCUUGAAGCCGCGUCUACGUACAGAAGAAGUAACGCGAUAAGGUGUCUCACUGCUUCCGGAUCGGAGCUCAAGCGCAAGAGGCAGAGGUGCAAUAACGCAAGAUGGCUCGACUCACUUUGGAUGUCGUCGUGAGGAUUUUGAGGUGGACCGCGCUCAAUGCAGAGCUGGGCCUAUCCUACCUCGCUGUACGCUCAGGUCUGUUCGGCAGUCGACCUGCACGACUCGACCUCGCACAAUCUCUACGAGUGCAUCCAGCGCUGCAUCGUUGUCUAC